UUUAUGAUUCAAAGGAUCACAUUUGACCGAUCUUCGACAAUUUAAGAGUUGGUUGUUUGUCUCGAACCAGAGAGGACGUGUUAAAUCUCUACAAACUGGGUCAACAACGUGAACAACUGCUACGAGAUAAAGGAAUAUUUUUGAGGAAGUAUGACGGGAUACAAUGCGUGACCUGCACACACACUUCCUCUGUAGAAGAUUAAACUGGAAGUAAAGCUUUUUUUUAACAGCUGUUAUCUAGGCUAGUAAAGUCAAAACCCAUAUAACUGAAGGCCCAAUUUCUUUUAUGUCUAACUGGCAAUUCCUUUCAGGUUCUUUUGUGAUCACUCAACAUUUACGACAAUUGUUUUUUUAAAUUUAAACUGAAUUACAGCUAUUUACAGAACUAUGCACACUGGAAUAAAAAUUGAAGAAAGGGAACGAAGAACCCUGUCGCCUCCGGUUGGACUGCUUUGACUAGUGAAGAUAUUCGUAGAUGAUGUAUGUAAGCAAAAAGAUGGUGUCGCCAUGGGUGGGGUGUAUUAUGCCCAAUUAUAGCCGAUUUGGUGAUGACCGAUUUGUCGGAAUGGUUGGUACUCCAACUCCCUUACACCAUAGGAUUCUUAACUAAGUACGAAGACGACCAUAUAUAACGUAUGAAACUUGUGGCAAUUAUACAGGAUUACAGGCGGUAAUUUCGGUUUUACAGGAGUACGGUUCAUCUAUAAUGUUCGUUUAUAUAUGUUUAGACAGUAGUAAACUAGAGACUAAUGAAACAGACCAAUUCUUCAUCAGUUAAAUUAAAGUUCAAUCAUUUUUGUUAAAUUUAGAUGUCCAUAAUAUUAUCUGGAACAGAUACAUAGGUUAUUCCUCGAUUUCUUUCUUGUCUUUAGAUACAAUAGUUGGCGUUCGUUGGUUAGAACAUCACGUGUACUUAUGACAAAGUACAGAACACAAAUCAGUGUGUGUUGGUAAAAUAAGAACAAGCAACAGCGCUUAGCCAGCAGAGGACAGAAACAUGGUACAACCGUCCAUUUCUGCAGAUCCUGACUCCCGGUUUUCUUGAAAGUUUAUUGUUAUUAUGCACCCCUAUCAAGGGCAGAGAACUUGUCAAUAAAAUGUUCUCUGCUUUGUGUCUGAACAUGUUUCGAUAUCUUUCCUUCGCUUCGGCCAGAUUAGGCACGUCGUCAUCCAGUUUCGUUGAAGUAGGCAAUUCAACGUUCGUUUUAAACCGUGCGGGCAAUUCAUUCAAAUAGAAGUCGAGUUGAGAGACACUGUUUUGAGAAGCUCAUUAGUGUUCCAUUGUAUUAUUCUUUUUCUCAAAAAUGAGUGAAUCAGAGGUGGAAAAUUGUUUCGGAGAUUGGAGUGAUUCAAAUCAGUCACUGCAACUGAGAACAACUGGUAUGAGCUUGAAUUUAGGAACCACAGACACAGUUAGAAGAGAAGGAGACCCACUGCCGGAAAUUACGACAUCUGCAACGGCCAGUCUUCACGUAUUGACCAUUCUCGACGGUAAAUUUUUUGAGAUUAUUCUUGAUAAGAGCAAUGAAAAUAAUGUGGUAGCUAAAUGUAAAAAAUGCGACCCAGAUUUACGAUCGGAGGUGAAAGGGCACCGAUUAUCCUCAUCUAACUAUGUAUACCACUUGAAAAGAAAACAUGGGCAGGAAGGGUACAAUGAGUACAGGGAAUAUUUGCAGGAAAAGAAAUAUAAAUAUUCUGACGGUGAGGGUGAUUGUAGUAACGGGGGCUAUGAAAGCGGACGAUCCAAAGGUUUUGUAAAGCACGUGAAAAUUUGUCAACCUGUUUUCGAGGAGAAAAUAACUCGAUUUCUUAUCCAUUCAAUGAUCCCUUUUAGAGUUGUUGAGAAUGAAUGCUUUGCGGAUUUAUUAAAAUCGAUCGGUAUUCUCGGGCUCAAGAUUCCGAGUCGAAAAAAUGUAGUUAGAAAAGCCGAAGUUUUAUUUAAAAAUAACAACGAUAAUUUACGAGUUUCCUUGAAAGAUGUAAAUUUUGUGUGCACCUCUGCCGAUAUUUGGUCGGGGAAAAAGAGAAGUUUUAUAGGUGUGACGGUGCACUGGAUAAAUGCAAAAUAUACGAGACAAUCGGCUGCUUUAGCUUGCCGGCGUUUCAAAAACAGUCACACGUACGACCGAAUUGCUACCCUUCUCGAAGAGAUACAUUUAGAAUUUGGUCUCAGUGCACACAAAAUAGUUGCCACCGUAACAGACAAUGGGGCAAACUUUGUGAAAGCUUUCAAGUUGUUUGGUGUGGAUAAGAAAGCCAUUCUGACGACUUGUGACGGUGAUAUUUUCCCCGACGACCUCCAUGUUGCCGUAGAGGGUCAGUGUGCCCCAGUAGAUUUGUCCAGCGAAUCAGACGCUGACUUUAAUAUCACAGAGGAGGAGGAAAAUUUCACUAAAAUUUUUUUUUCAGCGAAAUACUUUUCAGAAGAAAUUGAUGUACACUUCCACUAAGCACUUCCGA